AUGGUUAUCGAAAACCGAAACCGCCAGUAUGGCGGUGGGAUGGGCUACGACAAUGCGUUUCACAGUCAGGUUCAUCCCAGCACACCCCAAUUCAAUGAACCCUGGGCAGCGCAUUCAUCCCCUCAUCCUCCGCAGCCGAUCUAUCCCACAUCUAUGCCCGCAAGCUCUGUCGCACUGAAUCACCCUGUAAAGCGCGCGGAAGUCUCUCGACCUACGGCUAUCUCCAUGCCAUAUUCAACUGUGCCGGUGCCCGCGCCAUCAAUUUCCCCGAGCAGUAAUUACAACCCUGCUUCUACUUACCCUGGUUCGGAACAGAUCAUUGUUCUGCCUCCAGAGAUUCCACGGACUACCUUUGAUCAAGCCCAAGGCUAUACUUCGGUAUCGCCAAUAGCUUCAUUCACUCCCGCUAACUAUCCGCCCAUGGACUAUGCGCAAUCACUGCAGCACCAGCACCAGCACCAGCAACAACAGCAACACCAUCACCAACACUCAAAUUCAAGAAAUAUGCCUCAAGGAUUCUGGGUUCUUUUAAUAGAAGAAAAGAAGAUAGAUAACGGGGAUAUGAAGGGCAAUUUUACUAACGUGAUAUUCAGCAACGAGCCUCCGUCGCAAGCUGUUCCAUCGCAACCACCACCGGCAUCCACGUAUGGAGAUGCCUUGGAUGCUAGCCGAGGAAUGGUUGCCCUGAGUCAAGAUCUCGCAACUCCGCGAAAUAUGUAUGGCUCUCAGAGUUCUAGAGGACCUAGAGAGGCCUACGGGUUCCCCGCGACACAUUCCUCAGCCUCGUCAAUUUCGUCUGCGGGCAAUUAUCCAUAUUACAGUGCGUCAGUUGUCUCUGUCGAUUCUUCCGUCACCGACUACAGCUCCACAACUUCAGAAUCUUAUGAUGGUAUGCCAUCGCGAACGCUCCCGCGACCGUCCAACCUGAUCCAUAGUUCCAUAUCUGGGCCUCAAUCAAUGAUGAGCCAGUUCAGCUCAAAAGUCCCGUCCAACACGCAGAAGAAGCACAAGUGUAAAGUCUGCGAUAAAAGAUUUACCCGCCCUUCCUCCUUGCAGACUCACAUGUAUAGUCACACGGGUGAAAAACCAUUCCCGUGUGAAUUCCCAGGUUGUGGGCGUCACUUCUCUGUGGUAUCGAAUCUCCGUCGACACAACAAAGUCCACAAGGGCGAAAAGGAGUCAGGCUCUCCUGAGCAGCAAGAAGAGUGA